UUGAUAAGAUAAAUAUCGUCUGCAGCAGAGAGCGGUAAAUCACACACCUAGUUCGCUGUGGUGAUUGGUGAGGGACAACCGAACAGAAGUAAACCGUCAUUACCACCAAGUCCCGCGAGACCGCGAGCACGGGAGCUACCUCAUUAAUGGAAAAAGUUCUCCUAACAACUUAAUACGGAAAGCAGUGAUAAAUUUGUAAUUGUGUCACUCAUUAACAACUCUAGGAAUUGUAGAUAAAAUCUCGGGAUUAUUCUGUCCAGUGAGAUUGAUGGUUCGGUGAUGGACUUUACAUUCUAGUUGGUAAUCUAUUCUCCGAGUGAAUGGAAUAAAAGAAAGGGAUAACUCAUGAUUGAUCCCGGCCUAAACCAAUGAUCGCGGAAACUGUCAUGAGAGAAGCGGGGAGGAAAGGAUUGACACCACGACCAAAUGAUAACCAAUAUAUAAUUCAUAGCCCCUUUAACAGCAGGCAGAACGUUCACGGAGCGGCUGUGGUAAGAGCUCCGGAGAAGAGUGCUUAUUUUUCUUACGUAAUGCUGGCUCUCUACACGGUACUGUGGCUGCCGUUUUACAUUGCUAUUGUCGGGACCUUGGUGUUAAGUUUGUUUGUCUACUUAAAAAGUUUUGUAAGUUCUAAGGAAAUACUUCCCAAACUUUUCUACAAGGAAUCAACUUUAGCGACUCAUAUACUUAAAAGGUGUAGGUUCAUGACUCGGACGUUUUCGCCAUCGCCUUGGAUUAAGAAUUGUCACAUUCAAACUCUGCUUCCAUGGAUAAUUCCACAUAACUGCAAGUGUCAGUUUGACAGAGAAUACCUUCAGUUGAGAGAUAAAGGGGUCGUGGCACUGGAUUGGGUGACAAAUGUUAACCUCCCAAAGAAGAAGAAAAGGACAGUAAUCCUUAUCAUUCCUGGACUAACCGGUGACGCACUGAGCGUCUCGUCGUUAUGUGACGCUGCGUCUUGCAGAGGAAUGCAAUGCGUUGUUUUCAACAGAAGAGGUCACGGAGGAACGUUUCUGACCACCCCUAAAUUACAAAGUUAUGGAGACCCCUCUGAUCUUCGGCAGGUUAUAAUUUAUAUUCACGACAGAUGUCCUAAAACACUUAUAACAGUUGUAUCAUUCGGGUCUGGGUGUGACUUAUUUCUGUCUUAUCUCGGUGAAUUCGGGUCGUCUGCUCACAUUUGCGCGGGAGUCUGUGUCUCACCUUGUUUUGAAAUGAAUCAACGCUCAUCUGACAUUUUCUCAGGGAUUUACAACAUAUUCGUACUACUGUAUAUGAAAUACAUUAUUUGGAGACAUGCUCGGGCUCUUAGUAAUGUCAUAGACGUACCCGGUGCUCUAACCUCAUGGUCACUCAAAAAAUUUGACAGUCAUGUUUUUUUGAAAAUGUUUGGUUGUGAAGACAUGGAGGAGUUUUACGAGAGAAACAACCCUUUAAGGGAUGUGGACGAUAUAUCAGUCCCACUGUUAUUUAUAUGCAGCUUAGACGACCCUGUGUACAGCAAAAAUUCCAUUCCACAUGACUUAUUCAAGUAUUAUCCAAACUUUUUUAUGCUGACCAUGGAAAGGGGAGGCCACUGUGGUUUUAGAGAGAAAUUGGCAUCAGGUUCCUGGGCGGAUAAGAUUUCGUUAGAUUACUUGGAAGCAAUUCUAGAAUUUACAAUUAAAGGGUAUAGAAUUGAUUACCACAAAAGCCCCGCGCGUUCUACUAUUUGAUAAACAUCGGCACGUGCUAAAUGCUUCUGACAAAAAAUUAUUCAAAUCGUUGAAGACAAUUUGAAAUAUGUGGAUGCACUUCCUCUCGACAAAAAUACAUUCCAAAAUUAUCUAGAGAUUACAUGCAGCACGUUUUUCCUGCAUUUUUUUUACAUUAGAGAAUUGUGUCAGAGAUUAUAUAUAUCACCAAUGUCCUUGAUAAAAUUAAUCAAGACACUUUAUGAGGAUAUUUUACUGAUGUAGUAUUGAAGGUAAGAGGGUAGUUAUUGUCUUAAAGAUAUCUGUCGAUAAUAUAAUUCUUCAGAAGAUGACUCCGUCUAUUACUACAAAGAGAAUACCCAUACGGAUUACGUUUUUUUUCAUCAUCAAGCUUUGUUAACAUCAAGGGAAAUUAAAAAAAAAUACAUUCACUUCAACCAAAUUGCACCAAGACUGGUUAGAAACGGAGGAUUGUAUUGACUUAAAGUAUCAUCAUAGAGAUAAUUCCAUCGACUCUAUAAUGUGUUGGAUGAGAGCUUAUCAAUACGGUUCUCUGUAACAUCUUGUUAUCGGGGACACAAGACAAGGGGCUACAUUCCUACAUUGUCUUACUGCGCCUCCAGUAUAUUUGUUCUGUUUUUAAAUCUUAUUAAAAAUUUAUAUUUGUU